CUCCUAAAGGAAAAGAGUCACUGGCUCUUGGAUGGCAAAAGGUGGAUGCGUUCCGGCAAGAAAAUACAAGUUUUGGAUUGAUCUGGGUCCCUAGGGAAUUCUCUGUGGGUGUGCCUCUGAAUCCUGGGGAAGUGCCUGAUGACGUAAUGGAGUAUCCCUUCAGACAGCUUCCCAAAGAUUUUGCCAAGGGUCAUUCAUCUAUCCAGCUGACAGUGUAUGACGUCGCUAAUGAAAGACAGAGACUGCAAAGCUACCAAGCAAGGAAGGAAAGGUUUCAAGGACCCUCUUUUCUCUAUCCUCCUUGGGUCCCACACGAUCCCAGUGCCGUGCUGCCAAAUCCUCCGACAGUAAACCAGCCGUUUGAUCUGUAUAUAGAUGCGCUUCAUUAUAUACCUGACAAUGCCACAAUCACAAAGGUAACAGGUCAUUUCAAGAAUUCUGACUUAUGCAUCUUGCACCCUUUCUUGGCAUUUCCGGUUCUUGAGAGUUCAUCUCGAAAUCCAGAAUUCCAGUACCGAGCAGCGAUAAGUGGCGGAGUUCCAGAUGGGAUGGAUAUCAACACCUGGCUCCUGUUUCAAGUUCAUACAGUAGAUAUUGAUUCUGGAGACCUCGUUCUACUAGUUCUGCCCGAUCAGCUGAAAGCCUGGUGUGUAGAAAUGUUAGGCGAGCGGGGACGUUUGUCACCGCAGCAACUUCUGAAAUGCAUUAUCGGCAGGAGGCUGGAGUCCGUGUCCGAAUCGAGCAAGCUUUUGGGCUUAAAGGUUUUGCAUCCUUAUCUCGAUGAUCACAGUGUUCUGCUAGUCCAGAUAUAUGGCUUGGAUGUUAUUUAUACCCCGGAUCCCAGUGGACAAAGACCAGGCACGAUAACACCACGUUCUGGCCAGGUUGUCGAGCUUAAUAAACAAUCCCAACUGGGGUGGACAGCUGUUCCGUUCUUCGACAGAAACUAUGUGAGAAGUGGGGUGCACAAUGCGCCUUUGUUUCAAGGGGUGCCGAGUGCCGAAUUUCUACAGAGCAUAACCUCCCAUCCUGUGAAAGAUGUUAUGGCUGAAGGUUUGCGGAAAAAGAGGCUCAAGCUCCUAGCCACGUACGGCAGUGUGGCUGUUGAGGUGUGGGAUGGUCAUUACUUUGAUGACGACCGGCAGGAAUUGCCCGUUCUAAAUGACCUCCUAGCCAUCGACGCAACAGGGAAAUUUUUGGCAACUCAAGCCAGCAAGAGGGGCAAGGAUAUGUCACAGCUUGUUCUGAAAACUCUGGAUAAAAAAUCAAGAAAACUGGGUCGCACCAGCCUUGAAUAUCUGCAGCAAGAACAUUUUUACAAGCAAGCAAUGGGGAACGUCUUUUACAAUGUUGUGGUGAUUAGACACAUCGUAGAAGAUAAGGCUAUUGGUGGCUACUAGUCCUGAUGACGAUACGAUACCUCCAUUAUUGGAGUUGGCAUGCCUCUGAAUACUAGUUGCUGGGAAUUAUAAGUGGGGUGAGUGCUGUUGCGCUCAUGUCUUGCAUGUAGGUUUCCCCAUGCACAUCUGAUUGGCCACCAUGAGGAACAGAAUGCUGGACUAGAGGGGCUUUUGGCCUGAUUCUAUCUAAAAGUGGAAAUGGACUGCCUUCAAGUCGAUCCUGACUUACGGCAACCCUAUGAAUAGGGUUCUCAUGGUAAGCGGUAUUCAGAGAGGGUUUGCUAUUGUCUCCCUCUGAGGCUGAGAGGCAGUGACUGGCCCAAGGUCACCCAGUGAGCUUCCUGUUGUGUGGGGAUUCGAAUCCUGGUCUCCCAGGUCAUAGUCCAGCACCUUAACCACUACACCACACUGGUUUUCACAUGUUUAUAGAACAGUCAUAUAAUAUCCUCAAAGAAGGAAUGGAGUAGAGAGAAUAACAAAAAUACAAUUAGGUUUAGACUCCAUUCUUUUUUAUUUUUCUUAACCGGUAUAUAAAAAAAAGUGCCUGCACAACAAAGGGAACUGAUAAUCCCAUAUGAAAUUUGCAGCAAGAUCAUGUUGUGGUUCAUAUUGGGGAAAAGGCUCAAAUCCCCCACUUCAUAAGACAGGAGUGGAGAACCUUUGGCCCUCCAGAUGUUGAACUACAAUUCCCAUCGGCUCUAGCCAGGGAUGGUGGAAGUAGUAGAUCAACAACAUCUGGAGGGCCCAAAGGUUCCCCCACACCUACCGUAAGAGAAUGGAAUGAGAAAAUGUACAAGUACGCAGUUAUGGCAAAGCUAACAAGCUGUUUAAGAGUGAAAGAGGAAAGGUAGAAACUAAGUACCGUAUACAGAGUCAGGCCAUGUUUAUUGAAUACAGACUGGGGUAACCAAGCACAUUCUUCACAAGAUUCGAAAUAUUUAUUUGAGAUUAUAUAACAGAAACCAAAUUAUGAAUGUCACACUUUCAAUUUUCUAUCUUUGUUAAUUAAAUAUAUAUAUGCAUUAACUGAAUACAUUGAGAAGUUAAAAGAAAAGUCUCCUUGGCUCACAGUGCUCAUUUGAAAUCCCAACUGCAUUACAGAAGAAGGCAGGAUCUAAAACACGUAACUAAACCGGAAUGGGAAACCUCUGGCCGGGGGCCACUGCAGCCCUCCAACUCCCUCUGUCUGGCGCCUUGUGUCUCUUCCCAGAGCACACCCCUCAUUGCCCCCGAGUGAGUGCUUUUGCUUGGCUGGAAUUAGGGCUGGGGGAGAAAUUUGAUGGUUUGCAUUUAAAUCCAAAUCUAUCAGAUUUGCACUUUGCGAAACUAUGUGGGAACCAAAACAUAGACAUCCUCCAAAAUACAGUGUUAACAAAAGGCCUACACUGGGGAAAAGGGUGCAUAAAAAUGAAUAU